AUGUGGGGUCCAGUGGACCUGUCUUUGCAGACUGUGCAGUGUUUUGGAGUGCACCUGCUAUGCCAUUUCCUUUUAAGCUUUCUUCUCUGCCUGCCAGAAUUCAGUGACUGGAGGGAGGCUGAAGAAGGCAGAGAGCAUGCUCACUUCGUUCUCCGCAACGGACCCAAAAAACGACCAGGUAAUGUCCUGAAGAGGUAUUACUACUGCCACCGCUCUGGAUCGUUUCAGAGCACGAGCCAAGGUAAAAGACAACUGAAAACCCAGGGCAGUUGUAAGACUAAUGUGGAAUGCUUGGCCACAAUUCGAGUAACAGAGAAAGAUGGCAAGGUGACAGUAGAGUACCAGGCAGAACAUUACGGCCACCCGAAGGAACUGAAGCACCAGCGCCUCUCCAUGACUGAGAAGGAGGCUUUAGCUGAUAAACUAAAGCAAGGCAUUCCCGCCCGUAAAGUUCUGGUAGAUGCACGUUCUUCCGCUGGCAGUGAGAUGGGCAGGCUUCAUUUGCUCUCAAUGAAAGACAUUGGCAACAUCUCCGUCAAGCAUGAAAUUCUGACGAAAGAGCGACGGCACAAGAAUCAGUUUAAAAGCGUCUCAAUGUGGGUGGAGGAACUGAACAAACAGUCAGAUUCCCCAGUGCUGUACUUUGAUAUGGAGGAAGGAAAUGAAAAAGAGACCUUUGAGCUUGCCCUGAUGACUGUCCCUCAGAAAGAACUCCUCACAAAGCUGGGCCCCAAGUUCUUGUGCAUUGACUCCACUCAUAAUACAAAUGGCCACAAUCUGCACCUGACGACUCUCAUGACAGUCGCAGAAGAUCAAUUAGGCAUGCCAUGUGCAUAUUUGAUCUAA